UUCGAGUCCAGAUCAUUCAUCUCCACACUAGUAUCUUUAAGAUUAAGACUAAAAUUAUGUUUAUUGCUGUUACGCUAAUGAGGAAGUGAAUAAUGGCGUAUAUUGAUUACAUCAUAUCAUUUUCUAUGUUUGUAGACAUCAUAACUUUUCUUGUGUGCAGUGACUAUAUAGACUAAAUAGCCAACUGAUUGUACUGCAUGGCAUUGAAUUUAUGGAAACACAUUCAUCUUAGAAUGCUACAUUGAUGUGGGAUGUGGUCGACAUGAAACACGCAGACGGCCACGUUGUAAUCGAUUGACACGGACAAGACUACCCGCGGCCACAGCCAUUCGCUCCGUUCGUUUUUCCAGGCUUGGCGGAACUGAAUUGGUGUCUCGCUGUGUUCAUCCGAACAGACGAGCCGUUAGUUACUAGCCAAGUGCAGAGUAGGGCACGUUAUGAAGUAAUUGUCAGCCUGGACUGGAUUCCUAUUUAAUGUUUUCUAAUUCAAGGAACUGGCCAAGCUGGUUGUCAUGGCAACCAGGCUCAAAGAUAUCCUAUUGGGUGUGGUGAUAGGUCUGUCAGUCACUGUGCUUUUCUUAGGGAAAGCUGUAAUAGAUGAGUCCAUACUGGUCAGAGAGACAGAAGUUCACACUUUGACGUCAAGCUCGCCCUGGUACCAGCCUUAUGGAGGGGUCAGGAUGACCUUCCAACCCGAGGAGAACGAAAGCUCCGACUCUUUGAAGUACAGACCAGAUGACGACUAUCAGGCCACUACGGUGGCCCAGCAGCUGGCCAAACAAGUCCGCGUCCUAGUAUGGGUCAUGACCAGCCCUAAAAAUCUGGCUAACAAGGCAUUGGCGAUCAAACAAACCUGGGGAAAACGAUGCAACAUUAUCCUCUACAUCAGUUCUGUCAGUGACCCUGAGUUUCCUACGAUCAGUUUGAAUGUUCCAGAGGGCAGAGAGCAUUUGACGGGCAAAACAAUGGCCGCCUUCCGCUAUAUCCAUGAACAUUAUUUGGACGAAGCUGAUUGGUUCAUGAAGGCUGAUGACGACACCUACCUCAUCGUGGAAAACCUCCGGUACUUUCUGUCUAACAAGAGAACUGACGACCCCAUCUAUUUCGGCCAUUUAUUUAAACUCAAUGUCCGACAGGGCUAUUACAGCGGAGGUGGGGGCUAUGUUAUAAGUAAAGAGGCAUUGCGCAGGUUUGGCACCAAGGCUGUCAACUCGACUUUGUGCAGGGAGGAUGGAGGAGAUGAGGAUGUGGAGUUUGGUUUGUGCAUGCAGAGACUGGGCGUCGCGACCUCCCGCUCCCUGGAUGACAUGGGGAGGACUGUCUUCCACCCUCAUACGCCUUCCAUGCAUUUUUUGGGGACUUACCCCGAGUGGCACCACAAAUACACAGCAGGCAAAGCUCAGAAGGGCUAUGGAGUGAGUAAAUAUGCUGUGAGUUUUCACUACGUCCCACCUGAUGAGAUGCGAGUGUUGGACUUUUACCUGUACCACAUGAGACCCUACGGCCAUAACUCAGUGAUAUCCAACUGUAACAAGACAUCCUAACUUUGUAACUAAGCUGUUACAAGACAGCAUAAGUUUGUAACAAGAUGAACAGCUUAUCAUAUAAGUCCUUUGCUUUUUUUGUAUUUUUUAACACAUUAACAGGAGCAGUAUUCUGCUAGUGCCUACUCUUGACCUUUGAAUGACUAAUUAUAGCUUAGUACUACAUAGUAAAUCCUUAUUUGUUGCUAACCUAUAUACAAUUUUUAAUAAUUUAUGAAUGGGUGUGUGUAAGUCAGUGAACUAUAUAAACACGCUUGAUCUUGUAGUCAUUUUGUUUUUAAAUUAUACUUUUGAAGAUUUACAUCUAUGUAACUAUAAAUGUUUUGGUAUUUCUAGUGUAAAGAAAAUAGAAUUUGUUGAUAAGUUAUGUAUUUUAAAAAGUUAUAUGAUACUUUUUGUGUAAUUUUAGCAAUGCAAAAUGAAAUUCGGUUGUUUUGCUUGUAGCACAAAGUUAGUUUAGUUUAGUUUGCAACGGUGAUCUUUCAAUUCAGGUCCCUGACAUUUUUUUUUACCUUAGUUCCCCAUAUUUCUUCAUAUUGCGUUCUCUUCUUUUUUGUUAUUUAAUACUGUAAUAAUGUCAAUUGGAUCUCAAGGUAUUGUCAAAGUUUCCAUCUGUAGUGUUCUAUGCCUAACAUUAAAUCCAAUAAUAGAGCAAUCAACGACCAACCUUCAUAGCCAUUUUAUAGGCAGACAGGGAGGUAAUGCUACUCUUUUGAAUCUCCCGCGUGUUUUCAUAGGGAAAGUAACGUUUGGAAGAUACAUUUUUCUAAUGCUAGGUUUUUUCCCCCUAGCAUCUUCUAUUUCAAUACUUUGAUAUUUUUGUUUGUAAUAUAUUAAAAACCGUGGGCCACGGAAACACUUCGAAUUUACCUGGGUAUCUUAUAGAUAUUUUUGUAUACUAUAAACACCUGGGAUUAUGCACACCACAGUAGAUCAAAAUAAUUGUACUUAUUAGUUGCAUAGAUUUUUGUUUGGAUUGAAUAUUGCUCUUAGGUAGUACUACAUAAACUAUCUGUGUUUCUUUUUCUCUCCAACGCUUUUCGAGUUGGCAACAAGAUAAGAACACGUGUCCUCCUGUUUGUUGGUUGCUUUGCACUAAUCCAUUUUGUUUCAAACUUUACUGUUCUUAGAAGUGGCCUGCCCAACGUAAUCUGUCAUUAUGUUUGAUUAUUGACGUAAUAUACUUCAUGAUCCAGAGGCGGUGCCCUGGGCGAGUGUCAUAUUAGGGCCACGAAUAUUUGUAUGAUGGGCUGACUCAAUGAUGAUGACAAGAGAUUCUCUUUAGCGCGGGGGCACCCCUAAGGCAGGGGGUCUGGGUGGUUGCCCCACUCGCCACCCUCCAAGGCUGCCUCUGAAUCAUAUCAUGUAUUGUAUUCGUUCUUUAUGCAAUUCGUUUUACGGCAUUAGUUUUUAUGUAGUUGAGACGUCUGUCAAUGUUGAGGAUUAUUUCCUGCUUCUGUUUUUGUUGAUGAGCUUACAACGUUACUACAACAACCAAGUGACAUGGGCAGCACCUCGGGCUAGAGCUUUGGUCGAAUCACUUUGAAAGGGGGAUAAAAUAUCGUAUGUGUAUGUGUGUGUGGCUGGGGGAUGGGCUGGAUAAAGCUUUUUAAGUUGAAGGGUCAGUUAGCUCAAUAAAGUACCAAACAAUAUAUGCGCAAUGCGUUUGUAAUUUUCCCUUCCGCUAUACUCCUGACAACGUUCCGCCUUUGUAUAUACACUCAGGCCGGGGGAAGGGGGACAAAUAGGACUCUGGGUCACUACAGAUGCGGGGACCCCUUCAGGCUUUUUUAAAAAAGGCAUCUUGUAUUCUUAUUUCAAGGUUUUUGUCAUGAGUUGGCAGAGGGCCCCAUACUUUAGUCUGGGUCCUGAUACACUUCACUUAGUUUGUCUGCAGAGUCACUUGACCCGUAUUGGAGCUUAAAGGCUCUACGCCUAACAGCAGAGUUUCUCGCCAAGGCUCUACGGGAGGACUGAUCCUUCCAGUCUUGUUACCAUUUGGAGUUCAUCUCAGAUACACUUCACUAUAAACUGUUUUACUUUUUUAUUUGUCUUUCUAAUUUAGAUGAGGUUGUACCUAAAACAAACUCUGUGAUCUAAUUUAUUUAGUUGAGAACCACUUGUACAUGUAAACAGCAUUGUAGCUUCAGUUCGAUGGAGCGUCCCGUUGUACAUUAACCUGCAUGGUGACCUAUUUAUUGAUUUGUACCAUUGUAACUCCACCUUGGGCUUCAUUCUACAACCUGUCAAUCAAACAGCAUUACUGGACAAGACAUUGAUGUAUUGAAUGAUGACAACAUUCCCGUCUCAUGACAUACCUGUAGAAAUGAUGUCAUGUUACAUUGUAGGCAAGUUUCAUUGCCAAUAUAGUUUCCUUUAGUUUUUUUAAUUAAUUUCAUCGUAUCAGUUUUCUUAUUUAGCCCAGUUGCAUUUGAUUAUGUGAUACUAACUAGAAUGUGUACAUAAUCAAGACCAGACAUCCUUUGAACUGAAUUAAUAUCCGUUUUAUACAUUUUGUGUUAACUCUUUCUCUCCUAACUGACGAUACCAACGUUGAUUCCACCAGAAUGUGGUAAAUAAUUACGGAGAGAAAGAGUUAAGUUAUUCACCAUUAUUGAAACGUGCAUACACAAAAAAAUGUUAUGAAAUGUCAUAUUUGUAAAUACAUUUCCUUCAUUCAACGUUCGAUGCCCGGUUCUGCCCUAUUUAUUUUUAUUUUCAUUAUGCUAUAAAAUGUGUAACAUUUUGAUUUAAAAAAGGUUAAAGGGUCUAGUAUCAAUGUCACUAUAAUAUCUUAUAACAUAUAUACAGGAAACCCUGCCACAUUAAGGAGAUAUACAGGACGUUUUGACCACGUUUGGGUAACACAUUGUAUAAGACAUGAAAUAAAUAUUAGUGGUUACUAGACUAGAAGUUAGAAGAGUUUCACAUGGACGCCAAUUAGUGUGAAAAGAUAGAAUUGUUCAUGUUUAGUAUUGUUCAUGUUUAGUAUUAUUCAUGUUUAGUAUUAUGUUAAUUGAGCACAAAUCAAUUCACUAUUUUGAUGUAUGCCGAUUGAACUGAUUGAAUAUCUUGUUGUUUUGUUGAUUGAAAAUUAAUAAAAUGUUCUAGCCAACUCUG